UUCCGCUUCCUUCGUAUCGGCGGUGCUUGUGAGUUUGGCGUGUUAGGGGACUCAGCGGGGUCCGGGGGUAGCGUCCUGGGUGUUGUUUCCUCGCUUUUGAGCCGAGUAACUCUUCCCCCUAAUGCCGCUGUACAAGUACCCUGUUAAACUCUGGAAAACCUUGAAGCUGAAGCAGGGGAUUUACUCUCGUCUCCCUGAGCACUACCUCAAGUCACUGCGGAAUGAAGGGAGACCCACUGCAGUUCAUUAUAAACCUCAUGGGGUCAAGUACAAAAUAAAUCCCAAGAAUGGACAACGUGAGCUUGUUCAGGAUGUUCCCAUCCCACUCUACUUUCCCCCUGAAUCCCAGAAGGGACUCUGGGGUGGUGAGGGUUGGAUCAGUGGUUAUAGAUAUACCAACAAUGACAAGCUCUCAAGACGUGUGAAAAAGACUUGGAAGCCCCAUCUUUAUGAACGAGAGCUUUACAGUGAAAUCUUGGACAAGAAAUUCAAAACAAUGGUUACCAUGAGAACUCUUGACCUAAUUGAUGAAGCCUAUGGAUUUGAUCUCUAUAUUCUCAAGACUCCAAAAGAGGAUCUGUGCUCCAAAUUUGGGAUGGAUUUGAAACGAGGAAUGCUAUUGCGUCUUGCCCGGAAGGACCCUCAGCUACACCCAGAUGAUCCAGAAAAGAGAGAAGCUAUUUAUAACAAGUACAAGGAGUUUGUGAUCCCAGAAGAAGAGGCUGAAUGGGUUGGACUAACAUUAGAGGAAGCAGUGGAAAAACAGAGGCUCCUGGAAGAAAAAGACCCUGUCCCUCUGUUCAAAGUAUACGUGGAGGAACUUAUUCAACAGCUGCAAGACCAGACACUCUCACAACCUGCUGUGAUGCAAAGGAAAGCCUAGUGGGCAAGAACUUCUUAGAGACCAGACUGUUUGAGUCCCCUUCCUCUUCUUCCUCCCCAUCAUAUCCAGUCCAGACCCACUGCUGCAUAUUUCAGAGGGAUUGGGAAGCAGAAUAUAUGAAGACUUUCUGCAUUCCCCCCUUCUGAGCACCCCACAAAGCUCCAGGCUUGCUUCUGGCAGUAAGCAGAGUGACAGAACAGCUCCAAAUCACAGCAUACCCUGAGUUCCUGCUGGUACCUUGAACUCGAUAUCUUUAUUUUUCUGAGAUGCAGUUAUUCAGAGGAACAAUAAACAACCCAUCCAGUGAUUCAAUUACUGGUCCCAGUGUGUCCCUUUAGCCAUCCACACAUGCCAGAGUGCUGCCAGGGAUUAGAAGCCAGGGCAUGCCUUGUGCAGUAGGGCCAUUCCAGAACUUGUCACUUACCCUGUAUUCUCUUGAUGUGAGACUGAUACUGUGGACUCUUUUAGAAAUAUUUCUUACAUAGAGUGGUUAAUUUGAUGACUUCUAACAUUCUUUUUUGUUCUCAAAAUUCUAUAAUUCUGGAAACUACAGAAUCUUCAGUUUGACAAAAGCAUAUACAGUGGGAAAAGGACUGGAAUUGGAAUCAAAGAGCCUGGUUUUAAAAUUUAGCCUUGGGCCUCAAUUCCUCAUGUAUAGGAUGAGGUGGUUUGGAUGGAAUGGAGGACCCUUCACCCAAGGUUUUUCAUUGUUUCCGGGAGAUAUUAUUUCCCUGACAGCCUGUGUCAACAUCUUGUCGCGUUAAAGACCAGUGUUGUAUACACUACAAUUUGAUUCACAUAACGUUUAUUCCUCUCCCUUUUCUCCUUCAAUUAUAAUAAAUUUUCUUUGCUUCUUCCUGAGAAGUAAUUUCACUCAUUUUACCUCCAUUUCCCCCUUUUUCCCAUACAAUCCCCUUUCCACUUCCAGUUUCUUUUUUAUAACAGUAAAAUCAAAUUAUACAUGCACUCGCUAUGUAUAUCCAUAACAGAAAAAGUUCUCAAGAGUUCUUUUCUUUUUACCUUUUUAUGCUUCUCUUGAGUUCUAUCGUUGGAGGUCAAAUUUAUUGUUUAGCUCUGGUCUUUUCAUCAGAAAUAAAUGGAAUUCACCUGUUUCA